AUUAUAGGCUACGGAAUAGGGUGCCAUUUGUGAGACAAGUUCGGAGCAACUCUAGCCUACUCAUUCUUCUCUCUCAUCCCUCUCCGGCUGCUCUGUCUCUCUUCUCUCACUAGACGAACCACUGCUGCGGGCUCUGGAACAGGAGGGAUAGACUUGUCUAGGCUACUCUAACCCCUUUGGCUUAUGUGGACUAUUUGCUGCUCUGUCUCGGUAUACUUAGCCGAUGUGAAAUAACCGGGACAAUAUAAAAGCUACGGUCAAAUAACGGUUCUGGUCAGGGUGCGCCAAAAUCACCGGAUUCUGUCAACUUGUUGCGCACUCAAUGCAGUGGAACUAAACGUGGUAGUUAGAAUUGUUUCGAGUAGCAGCCAAAGUGGACGAUUAUAAUUUCAGUUAUCAUCAUGGGCGAGACACACUAAGCCUCAGCUCCCGAGGCUCAGGAUUGUUUUAGCAGUGGGGGGACGAAGACUAAGAGAGAGGCACGGCAUUCCCAGACUGGACCGAUAAGGACUCCUAAAUGCGUCUUCCUGUUGACCCGACAACAAUGAAUAGUGGUUCUAGCAACUUUCUGCUAGUUCCAAUACAGGAGUAUCCCGUUCUAGACUGCGUACCCAACAAAAACGUCAAGAUCGUGGUUUUGGGAGCGAGCAACGUGGGGAAAACAGCGUUGAUAGUCAGGUUUCUGACUAAGAGGUUCAUCGGGGACUAUGAGGCAAACACAGGGGCCCUGUACUCCAGAAAGAUCAAUCUAGAUGGAGAACAGGUUUCACUACAGGUUCAGGACACGCCCUGCGUCUCUCUACAGGACGAUGCAGAGGGACUUUAUUGUCAGGAGCAGAUCAACAGGUCUAUCUACUGGGCGGAUGGAUACGUCCUGGUCUUCUCCAUCACAGAUCACAGCAGCUAUAGAACCAUCCAGCCUCUCUACCAGCACGUCAGACGCAUCCACCCUGCAGGGAAUAUACCUGUCAUACUGGUGGGCAACAAGAGUGACCUCCUCCGUGCCCGUCAGGUGCCAGCCGAUGAGGGUGAGACUUUGGCAGCCUCUCUGGGUGGUGCGUAUUUCGAGGUCUCUGCCCGGGAGAACCACGAGGGGGUCCACUCCGCCUUCCUGCACCUCUGUGGCGAGGUGAGCCGAGCGCUGGGCGGGGGGAACGGGGAGAAGAGGAGAGGGGGGCUGCACCUAGCCCGGCCUAAGUCCCCCAACAUGCAAGAGCUCAAACGAAGGUUCCGACAGGUGCUCUCUUCCAAGGGGAAGUCUUCUGCUACCACGCUGUGAUGAUAAUGGAAAAAAAGAGAUGGUUCUGGUUCUGACGGUUCUAGUUCUGGUUCCAGAAUUGGAAUUAUGGAUUUAGCCCAGUUGACUCUCUUGUGAUGUCAUUGUAUGAGAAUGAAUGUAACAGUUUCAAUUGGAACACAGAGAAGAGAUAAACGGUUCUAUAUUCUAUUUCAUUCUAUUGGAAUGGAACAUUGAGAUAAGGAAAUCUACAUUCCACUUGCGGAAUGAAUGGCACUGAGACAGCAAGACCAAACGCUUCCAACAACAGAGUGGGCUUCGUUGGUAUGUGACGUCAAGGAGCCUGUCUGCCGAUUCAACCAAUGGUGACUGAGGAGACUGAAAAACAGACUACGACUGACAGGUCUAACGGACCAUUCGUAGGCUUCUCUGAGAUCGCUAUUCGUACGAAGCGAUUAUGCAGUAGUCAACUCUCCUUGCUUUUGAUACAUUUUGUAUUUAAAGAAUGUCAUCUAAAAUAAACUGUACCCAGAGGCAAAGAGAAAUUAUGUUGGCAUCACAGAUGACCUAUAAUGAAGGGACACUUUAUCUCUAAUGGCAUUCUACGAGCCCUGGUCAAAGGUUGUGCUCUAGGCUAUAUUAUAGUACAGUGCCAUUAGAGAUUGAACCUAUGUAUUUUCUCAAUGAAACAUUUCAAAUGGACGGGCCAUGCUUAAUUCAAUUGAAUUGCUACAAAAUGCACUCAACCACAGUCCUUGACAUCCUGGUCUGUACUAAUCUAUACCAGCUUGGUUCCCCUGAACAGUCACGAACCACAGGAUCAGUUUACCCUACCCCAUCCCUAACUUCAACCAUCAUGAAGGCAAUAGAUAAAACUGACCACAGACCAGUUCUUAGGGGAAACUCCAUCCUACAUCAAACCACUGUGAUGCCUAUGGCUGCAAAAGUCGGUUGGAAGAUUCCUGGAAUCAGGGGGGAAUAAGCAGGACACUUUGAAUCAUUCAACCAGAAUUUCAGAAAAACCUGGGAAUUAUUGGAAAAAUACAGGAAUUUUGCAACCCUACUCAGGCCCCUGUAAGGUAACACAUGUGGAGGCUCUAUGUCCUACAUAUGUAUCUUUCUGUCUGUUUUUUUAUAUGAGUCUGGAAAGGGAGAGACUUGGGGUGAGUUCUAAAUGGCACUCUAUUCCCUAUAUAGUGCACUACUUUUGACCAGGGCCCAUCAAAAGGAAUGCACUAUAUAGGGAACAGGGUGCCAUUUGGGAUGCAACCACGAGUUCUCAUGACCUUUCACCUCUAUCUGCUGCGUCAGAGUUUAACACACACCAGAGCAGGGAUCACCCACUAGAUUCAGCCGCAGGCUGAUUUUUUUUCUUGAGUAAUGGUCAGGGGGCCGGAACAAAAUUACAAAUAAUUUGAAAAACGCAAAUGCUGUAGACCGCAAGACUCCCAAACAGAUAUAAUAUAUCAAACCUUGUUUACAUUUGUAUACAAUCACAUAUAUACAAUAUCUCUAAUAUCACUUGGAGCUGAUUUGCUAGUGUUUGUAAUCUUUUAUGUCCAUCAAUAAAAGUAAAAUAUACUUUUGGGACCCAGAAAACUCCAGUUGGGGAACCCUGCACCAGAGGUAAGGGAGUGCCCAAUUCCCCCAGAACGUCACUCGCUCUGAAACCUUGAGGUAGUUGUUUCCCUUGCUCUUUGGAGCGAUAGGUAACGAUGCUUCAUGGGUGACUGUUGUCAAUGUAUUCAGAGGGUCCCUGGUUUGAGCCCAGAUUGGGGCAAAGAGCGGGACGGAAGCAAUACUGUUACAUUGAUGCUGUAGACCCGGAUCAUUCAGUUGGGCUCUGCCCAGCAGCUGGGGUUGCUACGGAGAAGGAGGAGGUCAAAGGGGGGGUGAAUGUAACCGGUGUGAAAUGGCUAGCAAAUAAGCGGUGCACACCAGUAGCGUUUCAAUCGGUGAUGUCACUUGCUCAGAGUAAUUGUUUCCCUUGCUCUGUACUGACUUUGGCUUUUGUGGAGCGAUAGUGGGAGGCAAGUUAUUGAUGUGUUCAAAGGGUCCUUGAUUCGAGCCCAGGUUGGGGCAAGGAGAGGGACGGAUGCAAGACUGUUACACACAACCUGUCAUGUUUUGUCUUAGAUUGUCUUGUCAUUUUGCUUUUCCUUCUGUUCGUUUUCCCCCUGCUGGUCUUUU